UUCCCCAUGGAUUGGCAAAUCAUCCGCACUCAAAUUCACGACAGGCUGUGUGGCCCUGAUCCAUACCCGACUAUCCUGUGCGAUCUGGAGAAGGUGUUAAAUCAAGUUGUUCGCCAGGAUAAAUCAGACCGUGAUGUAGCCACAACGGAAGACUUCCGUAGACAUUUUUCGAAGCUUAUUGCCUUUUCCGAAUUGGAUUCUUCCCUGCGACAGUUGCUCAUUGAACUCAUCUGCAUUCUUGACGUUGGCACAGUUUCCAAGUGUCUUACUGACCUGUUUCUCAGACCUACAAGCGAAAUCUUCGGUACUGUUCACUGGGACAACAUUUUGGCACUUAUCAGCACUUUGACUGUUGCUAUCAAAGGUGGUGUUUCCGCAAUCAGAGGUUUGAUACGCCUUAUCUUGAAUGCCGUCUUCCAAAACCACCCUGAUUCUGGCUCCUCGUCAUUGGAUUUCCUGCAGAUCGAUGACGACCAUUUCGCCACAGAACUUAAGAAUCAAGCGGAUGCGUUCAGCUCACGCGCUUUUCAGCUAUUCUCCUCUGCAAUACUCAUUGCUCGUCAGUUGUGUUUAGAGGACGUGCGCAUAACAGGAAUCUCCUACUCCCAGUGGUGGUCGGAGACCUUUUGCACCAAGUCAUCCGACGGAGCGCAUUCCAUUUUACAAUCUCAGGCGAGCAUUGUUCUGUUGGCGGACUUACUUCUUGAACUUCUCCCAUGGGAAAGCGAUCCAUGUUUGCUAAGCAUCCAGUUACUUAAUCAGCCGUCGCGUUCCACCCUACCUGCAGCUACCAAGAAAGCCGUAACCAAAGCAACCACUUCACAUUCGGUGAGCAAGUCGGAUUCUCAGGCAGACGUGCUAGACACAACAGACAUUGUGUUUGGUGCCGAUACAUUGGCCGAAUUGCAAUCAUUCGAUGCGGCUUAUCUGGCGUCAUGUUGUCAGCGGUGGAAUGACUACGUUGAGAUUGGGCGCGGUCGUCUGGCCGAAUUACGGCAUGAAGAGAGUGGGAGAGCUGCUGCCAAAUGUGACACCAACUCCGUCGAUGUGUCUGGAUCUCGUACCUGCGGUUGGAGCGAAAUUUUUGGAUGGAUUGUUGAUAUAGCCCAACAGCUGGUAAACGGGGACACAGAGAAAUCGGAUAUACGUCUUCCUCCUUCUUUGCUGGAAGCCAACCUAUUCCGCCCACGAUACUUUCGUGAAACUCUUGUCCCCGCUAUGCUGAACGCACCUGAGUUGCAAGAAUUAUCUGAAGAAUUGCGUGUGGCCCACUCACAAUUGCUUCAUGGCAUUGAACUCCAAGGACUUGGACAUCUUCUUGCUCCCUCACCACAGACGGAUUCCAAUGUGCCUAGAACCAAGAAUAAACAAGAGUCAAAUCAACGUAAACGCACUGGCAACGUCCUCAAGAAACCCAGGGUGUCCGUACCGAAGAGGCAAAAAACUACGAAGUAGUGUUCUCGGGGAACCCAGUGGUUUCGGCCCUGCUUCAUCGGGACCAUACAUUCUCGUUGACGCAUUCGUGAUCAGCCACUUUUUGCAUUUCUUCACUUACCGCCUAUUUUCCCUGUUCAAACAUCUGGAUUCCACGUUGCAUCAUUUGAAACAAUGUCCGCUUUCCAUUCCUAGAGUGUCUUCACUCCUUUCCCAACACGAUUGCGGUUUUUCGAAUACAUUUGAGCAUAAUUGCGGAGAACACUUGCCCACGCCUAUACCCUGCAUGCCUCUUCCUUGCUCUACACUCACUGACUUUACGUUUCACGAUCGCUGCGUUCCAGAACCAACCUUUAUCUAGCACAGCCCCACAGUAUGGUAAACAUGUUGUAGCGAAAGCG